UUAGGCGUGAGGAUGUGGAGAGAGAGAGCAUUGAUAGUGUUGGUGGUUCUACUCCACCAAAUUUAUGGAGGAGAUGGUUGCUCCCCUUCUUCCUGUGGCAAAAUCAGCAACAUAUCUUAUCCAUUCCGAUUGCAAGGAGACCCAAAAGUGUGCGGUCGGUUUGAGUUAUCUUGUGAAAACAAUAUAACUGUGUUAUCUCUGUUAUCUGGAACAUUUCAUGUAGAGGCCAUGAACUACAAUAAUUUCACAAUCCGGCUGGUGGAUCCUGGACUUCAACCAACAAACUGCUCCUCCCUUCCUCGCUAUUCCCUGUCUCCAACCAAUUUCACUGACGACGACUUGCGUCCCUACGGUAGAUGGUAUAUGUCUGGUUGGUCUUAUGAAGACGUUUUUUACGAGCAUAUAGUAUUUUUGAAUUGUAGCCAUCCAGUGUAUGGGAAGCGUAAUUACGUGGAUACUGGUGGAUGCGUGAAUUGGGAGUCCAAAGGUUACAUAUACGCUAUGGCUGUUAGUGACCUAUUAGGAAAGGACUUGGAAGUUGGUUGUCAAGUAAAGCUGGUUUCUCCCAUAUCUUGGUGGGGUUUGGAAACAAAUGGAUAUUCCUAUGCCACGAUCCACACAGCGCUACUUUAUGGAUUUCAGGUUUCAUGGAUUCGUCUCGUCUGUGAGGGUCGUUGUACACACAUCGACUUAUGCCAUUUCAGUAUGAACCAGAGGCUUGAAUGCUACGGUGAAGCGACACCUACGGGGCCGGUGUACGUUUAG